GAAAAAUGAUGAUGGAGACAUAACUAUUGUUGUUGAAAAGGACCAUUUUAUGGAUGAUUUCUUCCAUCAGGUUGAGGAGAUUAGAAACAGUAUAGCUAAAAUAGCUCAAUAUGUUGAAGAUGUAAAGAAAAACCACAGCAUCAUUCUUUCUGCACCAAAUCCAGAAGGAAAAAUAAAAGAAGAGCUUGAAGAUUUGAACAAAGAAAUCAAGAAAACUGCUAAUAAAGUUCGAGCCACAUUAAAGUCUAUUGAACAAAGUUUUGAUAAGGAUGAGAGUGCGAACCGAACUUCAGUGGAUCUUCGGAUACGACGAACCCAGCAUUCAGUACUAUCUCGCAAGUUUGUGGAAGUCAUGACAGGAUAUAAUGAAGCACAGACACUAUUUCGGGAGCGAAGCAAAGGACGUAUACAGCGUCAGCUAGAAAUAACUGGAAGGACCACCACUGACGCCGAGCUGGAAGAGAUGCUGGAGAGCGGGAAGCCCUCCAUCUUCACGUCCGACAUUAUAUCAGAUUCACAAAUUACUAGACAAGCUCUCAAUGAAAUUGAGUCUCGUCACAAAGACAUUAUGAAGCUGGAGACCAGUAUCCGAGAGUUGCAUGAAAUGUUCAUGGAUAUGGCUAUGUUUGUUGAGACUCAGGGAGAAAUGAUCAACAACAUAGAAAAAAAUGUUAUGAAUGCCGCAGACUAUGUAGAACAUGCUAAAGAAGAAACUAAAAAAGCUAUUAAAUAUCAGAGCAAAGCAAGAAGGAAAAUGAUGAUCAUUAUUAUUUGUGUAAUUAUUUUGCUUGUGAUCCUUGGAAUUAUCCUAGCAACAACAUUGUCAUAGCAAUCAUAUCUCAAGAGCUAUUUAUCCUUGGAGACUCAGACCACAUCUGCAACAAAUCAACAUCCUCUCAUUUCACGAAUGAAUCCUAGACAUUGUGACAUGGCAUUGAGUGCUGAUUUCUCUAUUAGCAAAGUCAAAGAGAAAGCACAACAGAAUGUAUUGUUCAGUGGAAGCACCGUAAGCAGAAUAUGGAUGUGAUGAGUUAACCCAGAUAUCCUUGGACUCUUAAGUGACACACCACAGAAAUUUAACAAUGUGAAAUUUGUUUCAGUGGCCUUGAAAUGAGGAAUUAUUGGAAAUUUCAAUUUUUAAAAAUAUUUCAGUGUUAAAUACGUAUGUGAAGUUUAAUUAGGAAUACUUUAUGUUAUGUGAAGCUAUUAGAUUUCAGGUCUAAGACUUUUCUUCCCUUCUCCCAGCUAAUAUAUGCUAAUUAACAGAGAGACUUUUUGUACUAUGUUUAAUUUGUUUUUAUUUCUUGUUUGCAGAAAUAAUUUUUAUAAUGGAGCUGUUUUGUAAUAUAUCUAUAAUUUUAAAUCUUUGUAAACUGUUUAAUAUAUUAACAUCUUAAUUUACCCUGUUUUUAUAUACUAAAUAUCACUUUUUGAAUAAAAUAGGAAGCUUCAUGGUAUUCGAGCCAUCUUUGUGCAGUUGUUUACAAAGUUUGCCAUUGUCAUAGAAAACAUUGGUUGCAAAGCCCAUCAAAAAUCUUUUCAAGUGCCUUCUGUUAAUAUUAAUUUAUAGUUUAAAUGCGCCUGAUACCCUCCAAAAAAAGUCUCGAUUAUUGUAUUUGGCUCCGUUUCUACUUGUUCCAUGACUCAAGAUAAUAAAUAGUUACUGCACUGUAAAGGCAAUGGUCUCUUCUUUGUUCACUAAAAAUAAGGUUUGUGUUUCCCUGUUCACAUUCACAUUAAUAAAGUCUGAAUUUAAGAUGGUGAUGAAAGUGAGAUUUAGUACUCUGAACUCAAGGAGAUUAUAUAGACAUUAAUUCUUAUAAAUUUAAACUAUUGUACUUAUCACUCAAAUGUUCUUAAGUACCUAAUAUUCUGCUGAACUUUAAAAGUUAAUUCCCAAAGUUUAUAGUAAUCUAUGGUAAUUAAACAUUUUUAUUGCUCAGUGUUUUGAGUAUAAUAAUGAUUUGUUUUUAAACUUGGAAAAUGUAUGAACAGUGAAUGGUUGUCUAUUAAAAUAGUAUCUAGUCAAAUUUUAAAUGAAUAUGUGAAGGAUACCCAAAAUAUAGUUAACUUUUCUUACUCCUGUCUGUGAUUUUAUAAUCGUGUAUGUGACUGUUUUUUAACAAUGUUUGUUUUGAAACUAAUAUAGAUAACACUUGAUUCCCAACAAUAAGUGUGAAUAAUAUCGAACAGUUUAGAAACUGUAUUCCUUAUUUAUUAAACAAUUAUGAGUUCCUCACGUUCACAAUUUAUAUAUCAAACUGCUUAGCUUGAUCCAGUCUGUAUGUGCGCAUUUUAUUACUUGCUGAUCAUAACUGUGUAUGCAAAAUUACAUAGGUAUAUUCUGUCUCUGACAUAUUUUGUUUUUGGUCUUUAAAUAGCCUGUCAGUGGGAUAUGCUCACUGUUUUGUGGUUAAGUUGAAGGUAUAACUUGUCUUGAAGGGUAUUUAAAUAUUUAAAGAUCACGCUUGUAUUUAUAUAACUUUUAGACACCUGUCUGUAUAAUUAUGUCCACAUGCAGUAGACCUUUGUGCUGGUGAGAACCUGCCUCCAUUUAUGUCCCACUUUUUGAAGUGCAGUCUUAUUAGUCCUCACCUUUCAUAAUACUUCUUACUGUAUUUUUUCAAGUUAUUCUUCCUAGAUUUGAAGUACUUACUGAAUUUGUGUUUUUAUAGUUGAAGUUAUGGAAAUGCAUUUUGAUUUAUAUUUAGAUAUUUAAGUCAGUUGUUGGAUGACAUGUUUGUAUGUCUAAGCCUCAUGUACCCAUUUGAAAUCACAUUUAAAAAAAUGUAUUUACAGAUUCAUGUGUUACUUUUUUAUUAUUUCUUCAAAUAUUUCAUGUUUACACUUAAAAAAUUCCCAGAGAAACAAAAAAGAAAUAUUUACUUUCUGCCUUGUUAUUUCUGGAGAGAUUUUAGGGGAGAUAUUUGAUUACAUAUCCAUUAAUAAAUUGUUCUACUAAGAAAA